GCCACCAAGGAAGAGAUGCAAGAUACAAAUGGGCUAGAGACCGAGGGGUGGACUCAACCAUGGAUGCUAUUGCACAUGUUAUCCAUGACACUUGUAACGGAUCUGAGCGUUCUAAGGGCAGUGAGAGACAGCGAUGCUCAUUUCUGGGUGUGUACUGGUAGUGCAAAAUGCAGUGCUGUUCAGAAGUGUGGUCCGAUGCUUGUGUUCACGGUUUCCAGACAGUGGUACUUGCUGAAAUACGGAGAAGAGGGCUUGGGGUUUUGAGCAGGUUGGAGGCGAGGACGGGGAAAGCUGGCUGAGGGGUGCUGGGUGUUUUGUUUUCAGGUAUAGAAGUCGCGUUUGAUGGCUUUUGCGUGGGCUCACAAAGCGUACAUCGAGUUUUCCUUUUCUGCCAGAAAGACUUAAGUUGCCCGAAGAUAUACUGGGGGGCUGGAACCCUGAGACAAAUCUGGCCACUGUGCCUGAUUUGUAGCCUGCUAAUGUCUAGCUCGGGGCAAGGAGGGGGUUAAAAAAGAAAGGAAAAAAAAGAUGGCAAGUCCCAUAGCUGCCCCUCCCCCCAUCGUGCUUAAUCGGUCUUUGUAGCUUUGCUUGGCAUGUGUCAGUUGCAGAAAGGCAGUAAUUUGAAGAGCAGCGCUUGAAUGGGGAAGAACUAUUUCACCAAGAACUAUGAAUAACUAUUUCACCGCGUUCUUGUGGAUGGUUCUUUGCUCGCCUUACUUCGCUUCCUGCCCUCUCCGCUCUUCUUUGUGUUGUAGCAGGCUACGUUACGUAACGUUAUUUCCUUCUCCAGCUUCAUAGGCGUUUGAAGACUGUUGGCGAGAAGUGUGCUGCUCACCUGGGCCUGACCGAUGGAUUCCAGAUGGCUGUGAGAUACCCACGCUCCAGCCCUUCAGACUACCGCACGCGUCUUCUGGAUUCUGGGUGGCCGUCAGUUGGGCCAGCCUCCUGGCUAAGAUGUUUGCCCCGCAGGAGUUGCUGCAUGUGUACGGAUCGCCACCGAAUGGAUUUCAUGUGUCGCCCAUCAGUCUAGCCACCGUUGACAUAUAAUUGUUUUUGGUGGGUGCCUGUGGAGAGUAAUGAAAAGCUUUGCGCAGCAUUUGCACAAUAAAGAUGGAGCAUGGGGAUAUCAUCUCUGUCUUGUGUGUCUUACUGAUGGAAAUGGUUCUGCAAGUUGAAACGGUGGGUCCCGUCUCCCAAAGAUAAUAUAGGAUGUGCCGUGUGUUUGAGGCCUUGCCAUCUUCCCCCUGCUUCCAAAUAAAAGGGCGUGGGAUUUAACGCGUAAUCCCAUCAUCGAUAAGCAGCAGGCAUAGAAUUAUAGAGGAAUAAGGUUUGAAGAAAGGUUCCAGGUAUCAUCUGUCGUAUGGCCCUGUCCCGAUGCUGAACAAUCUCCACCCGCAUGAUUUCUGACCGGUGCUCGUCAGCCUGUUCUUAACCAAUCUUGGGGUUUUUCCACCACUUCUGCUUUCUUUUCAGUCAUGGAUUUUGGGACGGAGAGAAUUUAUUUCUCCCACAGAAACUUUCCCAAAUGGAACAGCCUUUGUGAUACUUGAGAAGGCAAUUGCUGCGCUUCUGCUGUCUUUGAUAUUGGGCUGCUCUUCUCCAUUUUUCUUUUUUAAUACGAACAAAACAUUAUAAAAAAACCCAAAAACAAUAAGGUAGCAUUGUUCCAUAACUAGAAGGAGGGGCAGCUACAGGCUCCAGAAGGCUCGCUUGGAAUAAAGAAGGGAGAUUCUCCUUGGCCCUCCUCUUGCUAUUAAUAUGUUCGAAGAAGCAAUUUUUUAAUCAUCUCGAACAAUGGUGUCCAGAUUAAGGUCUCGCUGGGCAUUUGCCUGUCUAAUUUUCUCCAUGCGUAUCCCAGCAACAUCCUUGUAGACUUCCCGAGUUGCCUGUCCCUUCUUCCAAAGAUGGCAAACUCUUGGCCUGGCCAGCCAAUACGCUGUCAUUUGACGGGAGGGAUCGGCACCAAAAAGCCUCGAACACGCUUGGGGAGGAGCCGAUAAGGGCAAUCCCUAAUACCCGCGGCCUGUUCUGCAGGCCUCGUUUGUCCGCCGCAGGGGUGCAGCACUUAGAGGGCACAGAUUCCUUUCGCGGUGGCGGCCACCCGGUCCCCCAGGUCUCAUCCCCGCGAUCCCGGAGGUGCGCGCAAAGUCCCUCAAGGCCCGAUAAGCACAGGGCCGACGGGACCGGAUCCGAGAACAGGGCGGGGACAAGCAUAAAGGGCACGCGGGAGAGCCAACCGAGGCGCGCGAACGGCGGGCGUCGCUUUGUGGGCCCAAUGAGCGCCGCCGAGGGUGGGGCCGGAACUUAGGAGAGGCGUGCCGAGCCGUGCUGAGGGGUGGAGGAUCGUGGCUGCGGGAGUGUUGUAGUGAGAGCGCUCCGUCAUGACCGGCGGUAUUGUUAGGUCGCCGGCCGCCUGGCGCGGUGGCGCCGCUCUCUUCGGAAAAGUCGCCCGUCAUGCGUUCUCCCCCGACGUUAUCCGCGAGGAGGAGCCGUUGUGGACGUGGAGUGCCUUGCGUUCCAUAAUAUUUCACCGCGAGCUCCUGCGCUUUUUCCUAGCCGCUCGUGAGAAGGCCGUUGUCAGGUUAUCUGAAGCAGAAGAUUCUGGCGCACCCCUUCAUAGGCGUUUGAAGAUUGUUGGCGAGAAGUGUGCUGCUCACCUGGGCCUGACCGAUGGAUUCCGGAUGGCUGUGAGAUACCCACCCUCCGGCCCUUCAGACUACCGCACGCGUCUUCUGAUUCUGGGUGGCCGUCAGUUGGGCCAGCCUCCUGGCUAAGAUGUUUGCCCCGCAGGAGUUGCUGCAUGCGUACGGAUCGCCACCGAAUGGAUUUCAUGUGUCGCCCGUCAGUCUAGCCACCGUUGACAUAUAAUUGUUUAUGGUGGGUGCCUGUGGAGAGUAGUGAAAAGCUUUGCGCAGCAUUUGCACAAUAAAGAUGGAGCAUGGGGAUAUCAUCUCUGUCUUGUGUGUCUUACUGAUGGAAAUGGUUCUGCAAGUUGAAACGGUGGGUUUCCGUCUCCCAAAAAUAAUAUAGGUUUUUCCGUUUGUUUGAGGCCUUGUCAUCUUCCCCCAGCUUCCAAAUAAAAGGGCGUGGGUUUUAUCACGUAACAGCAGCAUCGACAAGCGGCAGGCGUAGAAUUAUAGAGGAAUAAGGUUGGAAGAAAGCUUCCAGGUAUCAUCUGUCGUAUGGCCCUGUCCCAAUGUUGAACAAUCUCUGCCCACAUGAUUUCUGACCAGUGUUCGUCAGCCUGUUCUUAACCAAUCUCUGAGUUUUGCCACCGCUUGCGCUUUCUUUUCAGUCGUGGAUUUUGGGACGUAGAGAAUUUAUUUCUCCCACAGAAACUUUCCCAAAUGGAACAGCCUUUGUGAUAGUUGAGAAGGCAAUUGCUGCGUUUCUGCUGUCUUUGAUAUUGGGCUGCUCUUCUCCAUUUUUCUUUUUUAAU